AUGGUCAAGACCGGAUCAUCAGAAGGUUGUAUCGCUGCGAUCUUUCGUGCAGUGAUACUCUGUGGAUCUCUAGUGUCACACAUUAUUGCUUUGUCACCAUCCGAUCUCUCGCACGAGUGCCUUCGACCCUGUGAGUGGCCAGCCCAGCCCAAGGUUUGCAAGUAUGAAUUUACCCUGGAGUGGUACCAUACCUUAUCCAAGGCUUGUUAUGACUGCCCCUUUAACUUGACCGACUGUGCCCGCCCGGAUUGCAUUCCGCUCAACGGCGUGUCCAGACCCAUCGCUGUGGUCAACCGAAUGUUCCCCGGUCCAAGUGUGCAGGUAUGUGAAAAGGACACGAUCGAGGUCAAAGUUAUCAACCACCUGAAGAGCUAUGCCGAAGGGACCACAAUCCAUUGGCACGGACCACAUCAAUUUGAAACACCCUACAUGGACGGCACGGCUAUGACGUCACAAUGUCCUAUCCCGAUGGGUACCAGCUUCACGUAUAGGUUUGAUGCGGUUACGUACGGAACCCACUGGUGGCAUUCGCAUUCGGGCAUGCAGAGGGCGGACGGGGUGUUCGGCGCGCUGGUGGUGCGGCAGUCCGACAAACGGGAGCGGCACGACGCCCUCUACGAUGUGGAUCUCCCCGAGCACGUCGUGCUGGUCCACGAUUGGCUGGACCAGAUGACGUUGGUGAAGUUCGGCGCUCAUCACCAUGACAGCGGGAGCAACAAACCAGAGUCGGUGCUGAUCAACGGUAAGGGUCGACGACUCUUAUUCGUCAAUCCGGACACCAAUCAGACGGCGUUUACGGCUCGUGAGACUUUCUCAGUCAAACAUGGAAUGCGUUAUAGAUUCCGCGUCAUCAGUAACGCCAUUACGAAUUGCGCCCUCAAGAUAUCCGUGGACGGCCACAACCUGACUAUAAUCGCAAGCGACGGGGCCCCCCUGAAGCCGACCUUAACGGACGCGUUCAUCAUUUACGGAGGGGAAAGAUACGAUUUUGUCCUUCAUGCUGACGCCCCCAUCGGGAACUACUGGAUGCGCGUGAAAGGACUCGCCGAUUGCCGCUACAACCAAGAGCUAGCUGUGGUACGGUACGAGGGCGCCCCCAAAGAGGACCCGAUAGAGGACGAGACCAUUGACCGGCAAGGGGUGAUUGUUAAUCCGUUUAACGAAAUGUCCAGCAGUGCGGCUAUUUCAGUAGCUGAUCUUGAUGCGGCAGAACAAGAUGACGCAACAAGCGUUGAGCGAGCUGACGCCAUUUACUACCUUGGUCUAGACUUUAAUAAAGUCAACAACUACAACUUCCACGACCCGAUCAAUUAUCCCAUCGAAGACAUUGAAAGAUCCCACCAUCUUUACUCGCCUCAAAUCAACCAUCUGUCCUUCAAAUUCCCUCCAUCACCACCACUGACUCAGUUUGAGGACAUCCCUAUGGAUCAGAUGUGUACACCCGAGACCACAUUGGAUAAAGACUGUGUGAAAGAGUACUGCGAGUGCAUAUACACUAUUCAAGUUAAACUUGGUGAGGUUGUUGAGUUUGUUCUUGUUGACGAAGGUGUUACUUUUGACGCCAGUCAUCCAAUGCAUUUACACGGUCAUUCGUUUCGUGUGGUUGCCCUCGAGAAGUUGGGCCCAUCUACCAGCGUACAAGAAGUCAUUGCACUUGACAGAGCAGGUAACAUAACCCGGAAGUUGACCGGCGCCCCUCGGAAGGAUACCGUGAUCGUUCCCGACGGUGGUCUGACUGCUAUCCGAUUUGAAGCUGAUAACCCCGGCUGGUGGCUAUUUCAUUGCCAUCUAGAGUUUCACGUCGAGAUCGGUAUGUCUCUCCUUGUUCGUGUUGGUACCCAAGAAGACCUACCGCCAAAACCCAAGGAUUUUCCACGCUGUGGUAACUGGUAUCCGCACGGCUUCCAAGACUCAGAGAAUCCAGUCAUGCCGUGUGGGGGCGCUAUUUCCUACAGAUCGUCAAGUGAACUCUUUAUACUAUGCUUAGCUGUUGUUAUUGUUUUUAUGAACAGAACCUAAAAAUUAGAUCUUUUUUAUUUUACAGAGACGAAGAAACAUUUUUGUGUUUAUAUAUUUUUCUACGCAGUUGGUUAACACUCUACCGCUUAAUCUUUGAUGUUGUCUCUGUACCGCAAAAUCUUAAUCUCUUCUCAAAAAUGAUCUUAUGUCGCAGGUUUUUAAAGGGUCUAUGUAACUUUUGUAGGACAAAAAACACAAUGUCCACA